AAUAAAUAAAAAUUUUGAUUUAAAAAAUUUGGUUCAUGAAAAUAAUAUUUUAAGGUAUUUUUUGGGCCAAAAUUUGCUAAAAGCAAAUUGUUGCUUAAAGGAAAUCUAUAAGCCAUACGUUUUGUAGGAGUGCCGUUUGACUUUGGAUUUAAAGGAAUAUAUCUAUAUAUAAAUAUAUUGGAGACACAAAAAAAAAUAGCCUGCAAGUGAACAAAGCCUAAAAAUGAAUAAAACUUGCGCCCGUUGUCAAAAAGUGGUCUAUCCCAUUGAGGAGCUUAAGUGUCUAGACAAAACAUGGCAUAAAACAUGUUUUAAGUGCACAGAGUGCGGGAUGGCGUUGAAUAUGAAAACUUACAAGGGUUUCAACAAAUUACCAUACUGCGAGGCGUAA